UAGUGCCUGAGUAGCUUGGCCAGAACUGCUGCAACUGCAGCAAGAGGUAGGGCUGAGGCGUUGGGAAUUGCACAGACAGACGGUCGCACAGAAAGACACACAGAGGUAGUCGUGUGCAUAGCCCUUGACAGCAAAUAGGUGUGACUAGUUCAAGGCAUCUGCUGAAAGACUGAGAGAAGAAAAAGAUGGCCACUCUGAAUCAGACCAACUGUAAUACCAAGUCACCAGCAAUCCUGGAGGAGGCCAAGACCUCUGGUGAUUCAGGGAGCCCCCAAACACCCACUAAGUCUCACGACUGUGGCGGUUCCCUAUCCCUGACACCACGAAAGGAGAGCCAGUCAGAGGAUGAAGAUCUUCCCCAGGCUGCCGGUGGCCUGGGCUGGAACUGUGGAGGACCCCAGACUCAGAGCCCAGGGGGUUGCUCAGUGGAGGCGGUGCUGGGCCGGAAGAAGCACCGGAGGAGGCCGUCCAAGCGCAAGAGGCACUGGCGACCCUACCUGGAGCUGAGCUGGGCGGAGAAGCAGCAGCGGGAUGAGAGGCAGAGCCAGAGGGCCUCCCGGGUCCGCGAGGAGAUGUUUGCCAAAGGCCAGCCCGUGGCGCCCUACAACACCACCCAGUUUCUCAUGAAUGACCGAGACCCCGAGGAACCCAACCUUGAAGUGCCACCCUACGGGGCGUCCCACCCAGGUUCUAGCGGGGACAGCGAGGCAGCGGACAGCGACGGGCAGGCCCGAGAUCAUGGCGAGUUCCAGCAGAGGGAUUUCUCUGAGGCUUACGAGCGCUAUCACACCGAGAGCCUGCAGGGCCGCAGCAAGCAGGAGCUGGUGAGAGACUACCUGGACCUGGAGCGGAGGCUGACGCAGGCCGAGGAAGAGACUCGGAGGCUGCAGCAGCUGCAGGGGCGCAUCGGCCAGCAGCCCUGUCGCCAGGUGGAGGAGCUGGCCGCAGAGGUAGAGAGGCUCCGCACCGAGAACCAGCGGCUUCGGCAGGAGAAGGAGAUGUGGAACCGAGGGGGCAGCUGCCGCCCUGAGGAGCCAGGCACCUAGGGGUGUCCCCCAGCCAGGUGGACCUUGUCCUGAUUCGUAGCCACUCAGGCCAGCUGGGUCUCAAGGAGACAGGUGGCAAAUGAAAAGCACUCUUGAUACCACAGUGCCCCCUGAGAACAGCUGAAACAGGUUCAGACUUCCACCUUGUCAUUUCCACAAUUGGUUCUUUGAUGUCAUCUUACUUUUUACAAAAAGAUUAAAUGGUCUUGCUGAGA